UAGUUUCAAAAGCUGAACAAGUCCACUGUUGUCCAAGAACCAACUCCUCAAUUUAAACAAAAAUGAAACUCUUCUGUUUAAUAGUAUGUUUUUUUUUUGUGGAUGUUUUGGCAAAUGAUAAUGAUGAUUAUAAGAAAAAUGUUUUCGAGACAACUCAAACUAUCAGAGCUGCGUAUUUACAAAAUCAUUUGGAGCAUAUAAUUGAGACGAUGAAUAAUAACACCGAUUUCUGCAUACUUAAUUUUUUGUUUGCUGUACCAGACAAAAUCUUAAUUGUCGAUAAAAUAACGGCACGUCCAGGUGAUCCCCGGAUUAAAAAAGCCAAUUUUUUCUUGCAAAAAAUGUUGCAAGACAUUGAAGAUUCAAUACAAUAUAGAUAUACUGAAGGUUAUAAUGGUUUGGGAGAACUGGAACAAUUUGCAAACAGGAGAAGAGAUUAUGUUGCCUCAUCUUUAAAAGUUUUAAUCCAAACACGUAUAAUAGAUACUGUGCAGGAUGGAGAUGAUGAAGCCUCUUUAUUACUGAAGUGUCGUUUGCUUGCAUUAUUUGCUAGUACACAAUAUCCAGUAAGAUACUUAGUGGAAGUUGAGAUUGACUUACCUGCCCGUAAAUGUAUCUUAUCGGAUACACAUGAUAACAAAAGAGUAUACGAGACAAAUGAUGUCCAAUCACUUAAGGCACUAAUAAAACAUUCAAAUCCACGAAAUCCACCCAGAAAUUAACCUAAUGUUAGAAAAACACAUUUUGUUUAUUACAUAAUAUUUUAUUAUUUAUCUUAUUAUUAUCAUUGUACACAUUAUAAAAUUUGAAAUAUUAUAAAAUAAUAUACAUUUACU